AUGGCGGCCGUAGCCGCCGCAAACCAAUCCGCUGCGGCAAUCGCGCCGCCGUCAGCGUCGGCGCCGCCGGCGGCGGCGGAAGCGGGGGAGAGCGUGCGGCAGUUUCGGCUGGAGCGCGAGACGGAGCUGCGCGUCGAGGUGGAGUGGGACGCGAAGCUAACGGUGAAGCUUGUAUCGGGUGUUCACCUGGCACUGGUGCAAUCUGGAGGAGUUCACCUGGCACGGGUGCAGUCUGGAGGUGUUCACCUGGCAUGGGUGCAGUCUGGAGGUGCGCGGGUCACCAACAUUGCCGGAUGCCAUGUGUUCACCUGGCAUGGGUGCAGUCUGGAGGUGCGCGGGUCGCCAACAUUGCCGGAUGCCAUGUAUGCAGCAGACGAGGUAUGGGGGAGGAGGGGGAGGGGGACUGUGUUGCGAACACUGCCCGAUGCCAUGUAUGCAGCUGACGAGACCCCCAUGGUGAGCUACCUGAAUCUCCACGCGGUGCUGAACGUGCGGCGAGUGGAGGCAGCUUGGAGCCUCAUGCGCGCCCAACCCGCCUGCUGUUUCCCCCCCUUACCUCACUCCCCCUUCCUCCCCCCCAGACCCCCAUGGGUCCUUCUAGUCGGCCCAACCGAUAGUGGAAAGUCCACACUAGCACGCAUGCUGCUAUGCUGGGCGGCCAGACAGCAGUGGCACCCCACCUACGUGGAUCUAGACGUGCCCAGGGUACUGCUGGUUGGCCCCACUGACAGCGGCAAGUCAACCCUGGCCAGAAUGCUGCUGUGUUGGGCGGCCAGACAGCAAUGGCAUCCCACCUACGUGGACCUAGACGUGGCUCACAGCAGUGUGACCGUGCCGGGGGCAGUAGCAGCCACGCCAGUGGAAGCACCCCUAGAAGCCAGCGCCAGGACGGUGGAGGAGGCACCCCUGGUGCUGUUCUACGGACACACCAACCCCAGUGCGAACCUUGACCUAUACCGUGCUCUAGUGACGGCUCUGGCAGACGCGACAGACAGGCGACUGGGCAUCACUCCCUUGGGAGAGGGAGGAGGGGGAGAAGGAGGAUUGGAGGAGGGAGGAGGAGCAGCAGGAGCAGGGAGGGAGGCAGGAGGAGGGGCAGCAGCAAUAGGAGCGGCAGCAAUAGGGGCGGUUCCAGUGGAGGCAGCAGCAGCAGGGAUCAUAGCGAACAGCAUGGGAUGGGUGGAUGGGGCUGGUUACCAGCUGCUGCUGCACUCCAUUGAUGCCUUACGGGGCAACGUGGUGCUUGUGUUGGGGCAGGAGCGGCUCUACAGCAUGUUGUCGGAGCACUAUCGAAGCAAAGCAGCAGCUGCUGCUGCGGAUGGUACCCCUGUCACCCAUGCAGCAGCAGUGGAGGUGGUGAAGCUUGUGCGAUCUGGAGGUGCCGUGUCCCGCACUUCUAAGUUCAGGCAGCGGCUGAGGCAAGCAGUCAUCAAGGCGUACUUCUACGGGCCAGAGCGGCAGUUUUCACCUCAUUCGAGCACGGCCAGUUGGUCAGAGUACACGGUGCUGAGAGUAGGGGGAGGGCCGCAGGCACCACAGUCAGCGCUGCCCAUCGGAGCAGCCAGGGUUUCAGACCCGCUUCGCACUGCACCGGUGGUUCUUUCACGGGAGCUGGAGCAUCACGUGCUGGCAGUUUCGCAUGCUAAAGAGGAGAAGGACGCCGUUACUGGGUGA